AUGACGAAGGCGGCGACGACCACGGUGUUUGCGGUCAACGACACGGUCCUCGUACGCCACGGCGUGCAGAUCUACGACGCGCGCGUGCUGCGCCUGGACCCGGACAUACUUUGUCCACUACCUCAAGUGGUCGAAAAAUUGGGACGAGUGGGUCGGGCCGACCGCGUCCUCGACACGAGCGAGGCCUCGCGCGCGCUACAGAAGCAGGCCAAGGACGACGCCGAGAAGGCCCCCAAGGGCGGGGCCAAGAAGCGUCUCGCAGCCAACGGCCCGCUUCCCAAGCAAGGCGCGAGCAAGAAGCACAAGGUGGAGAACCCUUUCGAGGCCAUCAAGGUCGAGGGCUCGCACGAACUCGAAGACUUUGUCGUUGCUGUCGACGUGCAGAUCCCGAUCCCGAUCGCGCUCAAGAAGAUCCUCGUCGACGACUGGAAGAAUGUGACGCAGCAAGAGCGCUGGAUUGCGUUGCCACGCAAGACGCCCGUGUCACAGAUUAUCGACGACUUUUUGACGCAAGACGACCUCACGGAGAAGCAAGCGACCGAGCGCGAGUCGACGCAAGAGAUUAUCAAGGGUCUCGUGACGUACUUUAACAAGGCCGUGGGCCGUAUUUUGCUCUACCGCGACGAGCGAGCGCAGUACGACAUGAUCCUGGCCGCCCACCCGACGACGUGA